AUGGAAAUGUUAAUACUGAUAAAUUCAGACAUAAGGACCUCUUCUUGCUUAUAAUUUUUGUAUACAGUACCAAGACCUCAUUUAUGUUAGUAAAAGAUCCCUUGUAUAUACAAGAUAUACAACAUUUGAUUGAAAAAUCGUUUAGACACGUUUUAUGCAUUGUCACUUUGUUACAAAGAGCUAAGACAACAAAGCAGCCAUUUGUAAGGUAAAAUGGCUGAAUUUCCUGUUCCUGGAAAUUUCCAAUUACUUAUUCGAAUUGAGUAGUUAUUUGGCGGAAAACUGUUUGCGGUUAUGAAUGGUUCUGAACCGUUUUUAGUUCUUUGGUACUAGCCUCAAAAGAGGAACAAAACAGCUCAAAGUGCUGAGCCGAAAUAAGUAGCAGGUACAGAAUCGUUUUUAGUAUUAUGAAGGCACAUUUGGUUAGGUGACAGAAUAGGUAAAAAUGUCACUUGCCGUUACGGAAACCGUCUCUGCCCAGGAGGACGAGGAUAUCGACGAAUUUAACCCUCAGGCGAAACUGAUUAAGUCUUUAGAAGGCAAUGGAAUCACAGCGGGUGAUAUCAAGAAAUUGGAGGAGGCUGGUUACCACACUGUCGAAGCUAUCGCUUAUACUCCAAAAAAAUUUUUCCUUAAUAUUAAAGGCAUCAGUGAAGCGAAAGCGGAUAAAAUAAUUCAAGAGGCUUCAAAAUUGGUUGCUAUGGGCUUUAGAAGUGCCACUGAGAUUCAUCAAAAGCGUGCUAAUACAGUUUUUCUGACAACUGGAUCUGCCGAGUUAGAUCGGCUUUUAGGUGGUGGUAUUGAGACAGGUUCGAUCACCGAAAUUUUUGGAGAGUUUAGGACAGGCAAGUCUCAAUUAUGUCACACCCUUGCAGUUAAUUGUCAGUUACCUGUAGAUUUGGGUGGAGCAGAAGGUAAGUGCCUUUAUAUCGAUACCGAAGGUACUUUCCGCCCAGAGAGACUAAUCGCUGUUGCCGAAAGGUACAAAAUUCCUGGGGCAGCAGCUCUUGAUAACGUUGCGUGUGCUAGAGCUUACAAUACCGAUCAUCAAACUAAGCUAUUAAUUGAGGCAAGUGCUAUGAUGACAGAAUCGAGAUAUGCACUUUUAGUUGUCGAUAGCGCAACUGCUUUAUAUCGUACAGAUUAUUCUGGAAGAGGAGAAUUAGCUGCAAGACAAACCCAUUUAGCAAGAUUCUUAAGAAUGUUGCUACGAAUAGCUGAUGAACAUGGAGUAGCCGUUGUCAUAACGAAUCAGGUUGUUGCCCAAGUAGAUGGUGCUGCAAGUAUGUUUGGUGGUGACCAAAAGAAACCUAUCGGUGGUAAUAUCAUUGCGCAUGCAAGUACAACCAGAUUAUACUUACGUAAAGGGAGAGGUGAAAGUAGAAUCUGUAAGAUUUAUGACUCUCCUUGUUUGCCAGAGAGUGAGGCAAUGUUUGCCAUCAAUGCUGAUGGUAUAGGUGACGUUAAGGAAUAAGAAGAUUUAAUGUAAAAAGUUGUAUAUUUAAAAAAAAAGUGUCUUAUUCGAAUCGACUGAUUUGAGGAGGGUUUAACUUCGUCUUAAGUAACUGCAUUGACAAAAUCAUAUAAUGUAUGAUUUAAAAAAAAAUUAUCUGAAAUAAGUAUAAAAAAAGCAGGAAAUAUUAGUGCAACAAUUAUGGAAUAGCCAUUAUCACAUUUUUCACUCAUAUAACUUGGCCCACUUGACGUAGAAGGCACAGAAAAGUGUUAAAAUCUGAAAAAUCAUUAACAAUAGGAUGUGAAAUUUGAUGUAAAGAUAUGGUGUACAAGAAGUGUAAUAUUCUAUCAAAUUAGCUGGGCUGUUUGAUAUAUAUCGUUUUAAAUAUUCAUUAAUACAUAUAAGUAAACUGUAAUCUGUAAAUACUGAAAUUUUCUUAUAUUAAUACAAGCUAUUUUUCAUGAAUCAA